GCAGCAGUUUAUCUCGUUACUAGGCAGCGACAACGGCGGCGCUUACUGCCUCGGAAACUUGCUAACUCAGGAGCGCAGAGAUGUGAAUACUGAAAGAAGUUAGUCGGUUGUUAUACAGACUAGACCACAACAGCAGUAUAUAAAUAUAUAUAAAUAUAUAUAUAUAUAUAUAUAUAUAUAUGGCCGCUUUGAGUACUUACUAGGAAGAACCGUCACCAUGGCUUCCUCGAGUGACAUUCGCCAAAAGCUGCGGAAGAAGGGACGGGCGUUGCACGAAACGUUGGCGAGGCACAAAAACGAGGACGACGUCCAGGCUCUGGUUCCAUCCACUAAGUUGAGGGAGGGGAGACCACCGGCCACUGUGAAGCAGGAACUUCAAGACAGUGGGGAAGAUCUCGGAGAGACACUGAAACGCAGAUUCAAGGAUCAGAGACAGAGGCGGAAGAAAAGGCUGCUUGAGCAGUCUGCAGCCCAGGAGUCCCAUGAUGACGUGGAGGAGAUAUCCAGCAUUCAGCCCCACAGUGAAAAUGAGGGAGCAGCUGAGAAGGCAGCAGACCCCGUGGUUUGUUCCCGGCCCCCGACUGGUUCUCGGAGAGGUCUCUCCUCAACAAUGCAGCAUGCCACUGGUUCACAGUCUUUAGACACCUCUGUGACACAACAUCUGGAAGAGAAGCUGAGAGCAGCCAUAUCUAAAGGUCAGUCAGCCAGUCGCCUACAGAGCCUCAGAGACAGAGGCACUGUGACAAGGUUUGACAGAGAGAUUGAUCCUGACAGAGCUGGAAGACAUGAUGUCCUUCCUGACCUCAGCACCAGGGUCAAGCUCCAAAAAGGAUCAAAACAAGCAGAGAAAGGCCUCCCGACUGCUGAGGAGGCAUACAAUUUCUUUACGUUCAACUUUGAGCCAGAUGCACAAGAUGGGACUGAGAGGAUUAGCAGGGAAAGACGAAAACAGAAAAAAACAACUGACGAGGACAGAGAUGACGGAGGAGGAGAUGAAGAUGAACAUCAAGAAAACAGUGACAUGGAUGAAGAUAGUCAAGAUGAAAAUGAAGACCAGAGUGAAGAAACUCCUUUGGUUAGAGACGAAGAGGAGAAUUUAUUCGUCAUUGAAAAGUCGUCCCAAGACUUCCUGGAAGUGAGAAAAGCAGAGUAUAUUCGGUACCGAAAACGUAUUCAGAGAGAAAGUGAGCUUCUCUAUACGCCAAGUAACCGACCAGUGCCAACCUCAAUUAAACUGCCUGAAAAUGUGCAGCCCCGAUAUCUAGAAGAUGAGGGUCUGUAUGUAGGGAAGAGGCCCCCCGUGUCCCAGACUAAUAAGAACCUUCUGGAGAACCGCAUUCUAAAAAUGGAAGAGGGAAAGAAGUGGUUUGGAGAUGACGGCAGUGUCAUUGCUCUGCCUGACCCCAUAAAGGAAUCAUUCACAAGACCACCUCUCUUCCACAUGGAGGAGGACCUGCACCCUGCACUGCAAACUGUAUACAGGAAGGCACUGAAGUCCAAGGAUGCAAAUAUGUACAUCGCCGGUACAGCGGAUCCUGAGGGAGACUAUCAACUUGAUGUGGAUGUUUCUGGGCUGAUCUUCUCCCAUCACCCGCUAUUCAGUCGCGAACAUGUCCUGGGGGCCCGUCUAGCUCAGCUGUAUGAUCGGUACCUGACCAGGCAGCACAAUAACCUCACAGGACACCUUACUGACAAGUUGAAUGGCUUGAGGAGUGCGCUGCGGAAUAUGCUUGAGAUCCACGGGGGCCAGAGCCUCACUCAGGGCAUGCAGCAGAGGAUAUAUGACUACAGUCUGGAGGUUCGAAAUACCCGGCAGCUCCGAGACAGCGAGCAGGAGAAAGACCGGACUCUGCUGAAGAACAUAAUUAAAGUGUGGAAGGAUAUCAAGGCCCUGAGAGAGUUUCAGAAGUUCACCAACACACCCUACAAGCUCUACCUCAGAAAACAGAAUGUCGACCGGGCGUCAGAUGAGCGGGAGUUUGAAGACGAAAUCUUGGCAGAAGUUAUGGAAUUGGAGGCUGAGAGCGAGGAAGACUACCAAAGAAGGCUGGCAGAGUAUAAGAAACAGCUGGGGGAGUGGAAGCUCUCGAGAAGAAAACAGAAAGCCAAAAAAAAGAAGAGAAAAAAGAAGGAGAAGGGCAAGGUACAGGAUGACAAAGAAGAAAUAAAAGGUGAAGACCAGGAGUUGAGUGAAUCAGAAGGUUUUGUUGAAGAAGAUCUUCCAAAGCCGGAAGCUCCCAACAUGCCAGACUUUGACUCUAUAGAGCAGCGAGUCAGAGAGAAAGCCUCCAGGAUAUGCAGGAAACCAGGAGAGCCUGUCCUGAUUCCUGAGCUGUGUGCUUCUGGAAACGCCACCGCCAGUGAACUGUGCCCCAGGGCUGAAAUAGCUCGAAGAGAGGACGUUACAAGGCGCCAUCUUUUCGUGAAGAUCCUAUACAAUGACAAAGAAGUUUCCCGAACUGAGAGCCGCCCCCUCAACACUGACUUCAGAGUGCACUUUGGUCAGAUUUUUAAUCUGAAGAUAAUUAACUGUCCCCAAAGCAUUAAUCUGCAGGUGUUUGAGGAGAUUGGAUCGUCGUGUUCCCUCCUGGCUCAAGUGUUCAUCCCAGUGCCAGAACCCUCUGUCUUGACGGGUAGCGCCCCUCUUGAGGAAUUUGAGUUUAGCAGCAACCAGAGAGUGAUGUUCGACCAUGAGGGAGUUGGAAGUGAUGUCCCCCUUUCCUUCGAGGCUGAUGGCAGUAACAAUCAGACCCUGCUGACCUCUGGUAAACUGUCCUGCUGUGUUUCCUGGGGUAUUGGGGAGGACGAUGUCCCACUUGCCCCUCCUGUGUCUCAACAACCUGGCGGCGUCCACAGUGGCCUGGGCCGACUUGAUGCUGUCACAUGUAUCGGGGCAUCUGGACUUUAUGACAUGAAAAAAAUUGGGGAGUGGGCCACACAGUCACGACUGGACCCCAACGAUCCAAAAAAUGCCUCCAUCAUGCAGCUGCUGAAAGUGGCCAGAAGUGGAGAGGUGACAGCUCCAGACUAUUUCCGACUAGAGCAGCUCCAGGAGGAGUUUAACUUUGUGACUGAUGAAGAGUUUGAGAGUUCCAAACGAUUUCGCCUGCUCAGGCUCAGGAACAAAGGAGUUGGAGAGUUUCGAAAUUACAAAUUAGUUCCUGCCCUUGAGAGAGAGGUCUCUGACAAGGUGUUCCAGGAUUAUGAGAAGAGACUGAAAGAAGAAGAUAUAAUUGACACCAAAGAGCAUCUGGAUUCACACAGAGCUUUAGUCGCCAAAUACCUUCAGAAGAUCCGAGAAUCAGUCAUCAACAGAUUUCUUCUUGCCAAGCAUCGCUACCUCCUGUCGGACUUAGUGAUCGAAGAGGAGAUUCCAAGCAUUGGGUUUCUGGGAAUCAACCUUUUCAAGCUGGCUGAGCCAAAGCGGCCGCUGAAACCUCAGAGGAAAGAGAGAAAGAAGGUGACGGCUCAGAAUCUGUCCGAUGGAGACAUCAAACUGCUGGUGAACAUCAUCCGGGCCUACGACAUCCCCGUCCGCAGACCCCAGAGCAAUAAGCCAGGACAGUCGCCUCAGAGCGCCAUGCAGGGCAGCGACUGGCUCAUCGGCCAGGUACAAGUGAGGCCAUUUGUGGAGAUUUCCUUCCAGCGCACGGUUCUUCAAACAACCACAGCUGAUGGACCGAACCCCUGCUGGAACGAGGAGCUGCAGCUGCCAUUCACUGCCCCAAAUGGUGACUACAGCAUUGCCAGCUUGCAGUCAGUCAAAGAUGAAGUCUUCAUCAACAUAUUUGAUGAGGUGGUUUAUGAAAUUGGAGUGAAUGACAAAGACGGUGGUAAAUCGAUACACACCCGGGCAGAGAAGCACUGGUUAGGCUCUGUCAAGAUUCCCUUCAGCACCAUUUACUCUCAGUCCAGGAUUGAUGGAACAUUCAAGGUGAACACACCAGCAGUGCUGCUGGGGUACAGUAAGGAGAGGAGCCAUGGCAGCAGUGGAGGCUAUGAUAUGUUGCGAAGUCUGAGCGAGGGAGCAUUUAUCACACUCUUCAUCACCAUCGAACCUCAGCUGGUGCCUGGGGAGUCUAUCAGGGAGAAGUUUGACAGCCAGGAGGAUGAGCGGUUACUGCAGGCCUCAGAGAGAUUUGAGUGGGAUGCAGCGCAGGGAUAUCCGGACAGACCCUGCAUUUCCACCGUCACAGACCUCAGCGGGAAAACGGUCUUCAUCACACGUUAUAUUCGACCGCUCAACCCCCCACAGGAGCUACUGGAUGCCUUCCCUAAUAACCCCCAGGAGGCCACGACCCUGGUGGCCCGGUUCGUUUCGCUCAUCCCUUCUCUGCCAGACAGAGUCUCGUUUUCUGGUGUCUGCGACCUGUGGAGCACCUGUGAUCAAUUCCUCACCCUCCUUGCAGGAGAUGAAGAAGAGCACGCUGUUCUGUUGUGCAACUACUUUAUGUCAAUGGGCAAGAAAGCCUGGCUCAUCAUAGGCACUGCGAUACCAGAGGGACCCACAGCAUAUGUGCUGACCUUUGAGCAGAGCCGCUACCUGAUAUGGAAUCCCAGCAGUGGUCAGUACUAUGGCCAGUAUGACACCUUCUGCCCACUGCAGACAGUCGGUUGCCUAGUCAAUGCUGACAAUGUGUGGCUAAACAUUCAAGAAUGUACCUCUCCAAUGAGGAUGAGUUUUGACCUCACAAAAACAAAUAUCUGGAAGCCCUUUUUCUCCCGCUCAUUUUCACACCCUGGGCUGUCUAGUGUACAGCCAGAGAAGCUGGUAUAUCGACGCACAGACAAUGCAGCUGCAGCAGAGCUUCAGGACAGAAUUGAGAAGAUCCUGAAGGAGAAGAUCAUGGAGUGGCGCCCUCGUCACCCAACCCGCUGGAACCGCUUCUGCACCACCACCCUCAAACGGUUCCUUCCGAAACUGGAGCUGAGCGGUGGGCGGGACAUGGCUGAGGGGCACCGCCACGAGUUGCAGAGCCUGCUGGGAGACAACAGGAUUUCAGGAUUCCCCCUGCACCUGCCAUUCUCCGAGAUCCGGCCCAUCAUAGAGGCAGUGCACAGCACUGGAGUUCACAAUAUUCAGGCAUCCAAUGUGGAGUUUGCGCUGGCUGUGUACGUGCACCCUUAUCCUGACAAUGUCCUGUCUGUGUGGGUGUACUUGGCCUCGCUCGUCUGCCCAUGACAUGAGACUCACUGAUGAAUUGCUGCUUUUGUAGAUAGAUAAACUUUAUUGUCAAUAAAGCUCAUUACAUUACUCACUUUGUUUGCACACCACUGUACACUAUACAAAUUUACAUCAGAUAAAUCCUAAUAAUAUUUAGUAAUGAUUUUGCUAUCUACAAAUCAUAUGCAAUCCUUUCACCAAAGUCCCAUAUCAUAAAAAAGUAAGAUUUCCAUGUCUUGUUGCAUUGCAUCUUCGACAAUAAAGGCUUUCUACUUCUACUUGUUUGAUAAAGAAGCAGGUCUAGGUGUUGUGUAAAUACUGUGAAAGUACCAAAGCGCUCAGUCUACUUGGAAAUGCACAAGGCCGUAUUUCACUUCUUCUAAUAAACUUGCAAAAUAUUUUUGAAAA